CCAAGUUUCCCGAUUCCGGUGUUGACGUAUACACAUAGGAAACCGACUCGAGGGAACAAAUUCAAUUCUUUUCGUCAUAUUUGCACCGAGGAGCCUCGAUUUCCUACUAUUUUUCAGCAGAGUCUCAUGUGGAAGACAUCCGCACUUGGAAUCAGGGUUCCCCACACCAACGUGAGCACAUCUUAGGAGGCUUGUACCGCCAUAUUCUCAUCACCCAGACCACUUUUUCCCAACCUUCGCAAUUAUGACGACCUAUCAAUAUCAAAAGCUCACAGAGUCUGAUGCAAUCCGCUUGAUACUUCUGCAGCCGUCCACAGAUCUAGACAGUCCUCUGGUCUGCACCCUACUCUACACAUCACUGACACAUUGUCACAACAACCUCAUCGACAAGUACACGGCUCUGUCGUAUGUCUGGGGAGAUGCUGCUCGUUCGCGAUUAAUCAAAGUCAAUAACGAGGCAAUGUACAUUACCGCGUCCCUCGACUCCGCCCUGCGUCAUCUCAGAGAUAGACAUCGACCUCGCUUAGUCUGGGCGGACGCCAUCUGUAUUGACCAAGACGACCCGGAGGAACGUAAUCAACAGGUCAACCAAAUGGGAUGGGUGUAUCGGCAGGCAAAUCAUACGGUCAUUUACCUCGGUGAAGGAACGCCUGAAACGCGUCUGUUCUUGGAGACACUUCAAUCCAAGAGCCCCGUGGAUUGGAAGCCCCCUCAUUUGAGGCGUGGGAGCAUCGAGCGUGUUCGAGAUGAGUUGGGUUCUGAGGUGGAAGUGGCUGCACGUGAAUGGAUCGUGGGUCGGCCAUGGUUCAAACGAGUAUGGAUACUCCAGGAGCUAGUACUCUCCCAGGAUCCUUGGAUUCAAUGCGGUACUUCUGCCACUGGAUGGACUUGCUUAUACAGUCACGUUUUCGAUAUAUCACUCAAGCGAUUACUGAAGCCAGAAGAGAGAAUAGUUCACAGCAUGGGGAGACUGCACCUCCAACAUCGAUCCCUUGAAUGGGACAAAAAUGAGACAGCCGAAAAUGAGACCCCAUGGUUUGCAGAAAGGCUCUACGAUCUCCUCAAAUCGCGGAAAGGGUUUGGUGUAACGGAUCCACGCGACAUGCUUUUUGCCAAUUUAGGAUUGGUCGGCCAUGCGACCGAGUACGAGAACGAAUUUUUGCACCUCAUCAUGGUGGACUAUCAGAAGAAUGAGGCUAAGGUGUAUAGUGACUUGGCACGCUACUUCCUCGAGAGCUUUGAUGAUUUCCGCAUUUUUGCUCUCCUCGAUCCGAACGAGAAACGCUGCGAGAGUGAGGCCCCUUCGUGGGCUCCUGACUGGGUUUCUGGGCCGCCAUCCCAAUAUUCAAGACUUUCAGACGAACUGAAAUACAACCAGUAUAGUUACGAUUGGAAAACGUUGACCUGGGCGUCCCAAUCUCGGGUUUUAGUCUUUGGCGGAAGAUUUCUUGGGGAGGUCCAGGCGUUGGGACCGAUCAUCGACCAGUCCUUAUGUCCUCAAAUUGCGAGAGACUUUUCCGAGUUGCUGAAAAGAGAUCGGGUACUGGAUCGGGACUUGUGUCAGUUUAUGAAAUCAGCAUUUGAACAGCCGUAUCAAAAGUGGCGACAGUGGCUCGUCCCAUGGAUACCUGAUCCAAAAAGAAUCCUGAAAUGGAUUCAGGAGCAGUGUACUAACGAAAAAGACUGGCUGAAGAGAGGAGUUACUUCAGACUGGUUGAUUGAUUCAGAAAUGGACGAUCAGGAGAUUUUAAUUGCUCUAGACAUUGAAAGCAUUUUGUUUGCUUUGGCCGAUAUUAAUAAGGUACGUCUUUCGGAUGCAGAUAUUCGAUACCUAUCCGAAGAGCCUUGGUCUUGGAGUGGGGAGAUUCAUCCACGACGUGGGCAUAGCAGCUGGCGAAUACGGUCCCUCAUGGCGCAGCUCGUCUUUUCGUCUUUCAUAACAGAUGGGCCGAAUCUAUUCUAUUCUCGCCGGAUUGCAAGGCUUGGGAACAACUUGCUAGCUCUUGUCCCCGGGUCGACGAGGAUUGGGGAUAUUGUGAGCCUCCCGAUCCAGGAUUUUUAUCCAGUCCCUCUUGUGCUCCGCCAUAACUUGGCACAGAUAGACGGAGACCUCGACGUAGAAAUCAGGCAGCGAAUAGACGACGUCCUUCGCGAAGACCUCUCCUGGGAAGCUAGGGAGAAUCUGGACCAGUUGAGAGGGGCCGAAGUUAUUCAGCAUCUCACAAUCGUUGGAGAAUGCUUUGUGGAGGGAUGGAUGCAUGGACCAAGAUAUACUAAAGGGGAAGCGGGGCCACUUCAAAUACUGGCCUUGCACUAAAACAAGAGUGUUGGCGCGCUAUGGUCGCCGGGAUUCAGGAAGUGUGGUCGGAUAUCAAGUUCGUGGGUCUCGCGCUUGGUACACCUAAUGCCGACUAU